UCUGAACUCGGUGUCUUUGUUUACUUGCCGCUGGCUCUCUUUGCUCGAUCCGAGCCUCGAUGUGCAAAGAAAGGAGGAACAUGUCCGCCUUGCAGGUGCUGCGGGUGUCGGUACAUGAGCGGAUCAGCGCUGCAGCUGAAGACUUUCUGCUGCGGGUGGAGAAAGGAGGAGAAACGGCUCAAGUCCCGUCGCUGAGAGCGAUGCUAACCGAGCGGCUAACGGCGGCGGCUGAGGCGAUCCUCGCGGUGAUUGCGGAAACCGUGGCAAAGUACGAAGACCGAGUGGAGCAGUCAGAACGGGAGAUCUGCCGCCAGAGGAGGCUGCUCGAUGCCGUGAUGAUGCCCGAAGUCCGGCUGCACAGAGCAGACAUCCUGCAACUGGUGGUGAGUAAAGAAGAGGUUCCCUCUGAGCAGCAGCAGUGGAGCUCCCCUGUUGACCAGGAGGACCCAGAGCCCCCCCACAUUAAAGAGGAACUGGAGGAACUGUGGAUCAAUCAGAAAGGAGAGCCGCUUCAACAACUGGAAGAGGCUGAUAUGAAGUUCACAUUGACUCCGUUCACUGUGAAGAGUGAAGAAGAUGAAGAGAAACCUCAGUUGACACAGCUUCAUCAGAGUCAGACUGAGGAGGACAGUGCAGACUUUGGAGGCCAAGAACCAGCCAGGAACUUAGGUCCUGAUGGACAUUUACAACCAGAUCCUGAGGACAAGACUGAAGACUCCACUGAGACUGAAGUCAGUGAUGAUGAUUGGGUUCCGACCAGUGAACCUGGUUCUGGCUUAAAUAUAAGAAAUAACAAACAGCCUCUAAGUGAUAUGAGACGUAAAACUGAUAAGAAACCCUUUAGUUGCUCUGAGUGUGCUAAAAGAUAUCGUUAUAAGAGUGCUCUUAUUCAACAUAGUAGAGUUCAUACAGGAGAGAAACCAUUUAGUUGCUCUGAGUGUGGUAAAAGAUUCAGAAUAAAAAAAGGUUUAACUUACCACAUGAGAAUUCAUACAGGUGAGAAACCAUUUAGUUGCAAACAUUGUGGUAGGACAUUUGGCCAAAGUAACUCAUUAACUCGUCAUAUGAGGAGUCUUCAUCCAUAUAGUGACUUAGCAUAAUUGAUAUAAGUUUACAGCUACGUUUGUUGUUUUGACAAUGUCUUGCCUAUGGUUGGUAACCCAAACUCAUGUUCAAAUUAGAUCGUAAUCCAAAAUGCCGUGUACUGUGUACCCGUUACAUCUGGGGGAUUAAUUCCAUUCUGUUUAUCGGUAACUAAACUGCAAGGAGGCCAUAUGUAUCUGCCAGGACCUGCCUACAUGCCUAAGAUGAGCUAAGAUAAACGGUCAGAAGUCACUUCUCCGAUCUUCUUCUCUCCACCUCACUGUACCACCUGUUUGUUUGACAACCAUGGGAUCUAGAGCCUUCAGUCGCUCUGCUCCCCCCCGGGAACUCCCUACCACCAGACAUUUGAAACAUUGACUCUCUCCUUUUUAAAAUCUCAUCUGAAAACUCAUCAUUUUAAACAGAAAUAUUGCGUUUGAUUGUCUUCUAAGGUUGUGCAGUUAAUCAAGUUUUAAUCGCAAUUUCGAUUAUGGGGUCAAACUACUAUAAUUGAGUUGAAAAGAUUACCUGACUUUUUUUGUCGAAAGAGACGCACAUGCGCAAUUCAGUCCUUCCCCAAAAGCAUUCAGCAGCCCAGCUGACAGGCACUCACUCUCAAGCAGCUGUUAAGUGAAGGAGGCGAGUUGUGUGUGUGGUGACCGGCGGUGAAAAAACAGUGUGAGUGGAAAAGCAGGGAGGGCAGCCCACACUGCAGCAGCACACCAUGUAGCGGCUGCGCACCACUAUACUCAAGGGUGCUCCCGCCUGGCUAUUCAGACCGGACGUGCAUUUUUAUCUGCACUGGUCAGCCUGCCAUUCUCCGCUUGCUGUUGUAUGUAACCCGUUCAAUGUAGGGGUUAAGGGGGUAAAUGAUGACGUUCCUCAUAGCCAUCCCCCACCCCUCUCUUUAUCUCUCUGUCUGCUUGUAGUGGGGGGGCAGAUGGGGACAUUUAAUAAUGAGAGAAAAUUUCAAAGUUCUCAGUUACAAUGUGUUUUUUUGGAGAGUGUUAGGGUUGCCAUCAUUAAGGGUUUGAAUAACCGGGCACCGAUAGCCUGGUUUCAUGGAGGAAUAAUACACACAGCCGUCAUUGGUGUUUACCUGAACCGGAAGUGAUUCCCUUUAUUGCGCACGCUCCAGUCAUUAAAAGAAUAAAGCAUAUACUUCAGAUUAAGAGCACAUAUUUAUAAUCAUUUGAAUAAUUGUGAUUUUGAUAUUGUCCAAAAAAUCGCAUUGUUUUUUGUUGUGUUUUUAUAUCUGCUGUGUAAGGUGACCUUGAGUGCUCCGAACGCUAGAAAUAAAUAGCUGUCUUGUAAAAAUAAGACAAUAAAAUGUAUGCAUUAUGAUUGCAUGUGAGAAAAUAGGUUCUCCAUGAAGAGGAGCAACCUCCCAACCAGCCUAGACCCUCACCCAGUGCUGCUGCUAGCCAUUUUGGUGCCCUAAGCAUAACUCCUUUA